GAAACCUUGUGCCCUUGGAGUGCGGCGACCACCGAGUCUACGGCCUAGUCCACCACCUUUGGAUCUCGCCCUCGUCAUUCUCGGAGGGAGACUGAAACCCUAACGCUAGCUUCUGCUUGGUCCCUCCAGGGUUCCCCUCAUGGCGUCCUUCGUCGUUUGAUGCGUGGAUCAAGCUUUUCUCGACGCAAGUUCGAACGGAAUCUUCUAAGAUUCGAGAUGGAGCUUCGCUGUCGAUCGUGGGUUUUGGGGGCGUUGUUCAUCUCUCUUCUGUUCUGCGGCUUCGGGGGAAGCGGAUGCCUGGGUUUUGCCUUUAACCGCCGCCCGAAGAACGUCCAAGUCUCGCUCCGGGCUAAGUGGGCCGGAACUUCGUUGUUGUUGGAAUCAGGGGAGUUGCUGGCUAAAGAAAGAAAGGACCUAUUCUGGGAGUUUAUUAAUCUCUGGUUAGAACCAGAUAAAGGUUCGGAUUGUUUGACAGCUAGAUGUUGCAUACAAAAAAUUGUUGAUGAUGGCCGCACGCUUCUAAGCGAACCUUUGGCAUCAGUUUUUGAAUUUUCUCUUACUCUUCGAUCGGCAUCUCCUCGACUAGUGCUUUACAAGCAAUUGGCAGAGGAGUCAUUAGCUUCUUUUCCUAUAAAUGAUGAAAUUAAUUUAGUACCUAUUACUGGAGAAAAACAAAUUCCAGAUGAAAUCGAAGCAUAUUAUCUGUCGACAAGCACAACCACAAGAACCCAUGGAAGACAUUGUUGCUGGGUAGACACUGGCAGUGUGUUACUGUUUAACACCGCUGAACUUCUUGCUUGGAUUGAAACCUCAUCAAACAUAUCUGUUGGAUACUUGGAGCAGCCUGAACUUUUUGAAUUUGACCAUGUGUAUCUGGCUUCGAGUAUCAUCAGUCCGGUUGCCAUUUUAUAUGGAGCUAUUGGGACAGAAUGCUUCAAAGACUUUCACAUUAUCCUGGCAGAAGCAUCAAAACAGGGAAAAAUUAAGUAUGUUGUCAGACCUGUACUGCCUCCUGGAUGCCAAGCAGUUAGCAGCUAUUGCAGUGCUGUUGGCUCAUCUGAUGCAGUCAACUUGGGUGGUUAUGGAGUUGAACUUGCUUUGAAGAAUAUGGAGUACAAGGCAAUGGAUGACACUACGAUAAAAGAAGGUGUUACACUAGAAGAUCCUAGGACUGAGGAUCUCAGCCAAGAAGUUAGAGGAUUUAUUUUUUCCAAAAUCCUGGAACGCAAGCCAGAAUUGACAACUGAGGUUAUGGCUUUCAGGGAUUAUUUGUUGUCAUCAACUGUAUCUGACACCUUGGAGGUUUGGGAACUUAAGGAUUUAGGACAUCAGACGGUACAGAGGAUAGUUCAUGCUUCUGAUCCCUUGCAAUCAAUGCAAGAAAUCAAUCAAAAUUUUCCAAGUAUAGUUUCUUCAUUAUCUCGUAUGAAGCUUAAUGAUUCUAUCAAGGAUGAGAUACUUGCAAAUCAGAGAAUGGUUCCCCCUGGCAAGUCUUUAGUGGCUUUGAAUGGUGCCCUGAUCAAUAUUGAAGAUAUUGAUCUUUACCUGUUAAUGGAUCUUGUUCAACAAGAGUUAUCAUUUGCUGAUCACUUUUCAAAACUCAAGCUUCCUUUGAGUGCUAUUCAGAAACUGUUGUCAGCAGCACCACCUUCUGAAUCUAAUGCAUUUCGCAUUGACUUUCGUUCUGGACAUGUUCACUAUCUGAAUAAUUUGGAAGAAGAUGCCAUGUACAAACGUUGGCGAAGCAAUAUCAAUGAGAUAUUGAUGCCGGUUUUCCCUGGUCAGCUUCGAUACAUUCGAAAAAAUUUGUUCCAUGCUGUUUAUGUAAUUGAUCCUGCAACAAGCUGCGGAGCUGAGACCAUCGACAUGAUUCUGUCACUGCAUCAAAGUAGCAUUCCAAUGAGAUUUGGCAUAAUACUGUAUUCUUCGAAACUUGUCAAGAUGAUAGAAGAAAAUGGUGGCCAUCUUCCCUCAUCUGCUGUACAAGAUGACAAGAAAAGAACAGAAGAUGUUUCCAGUUUGAUUAUACGUCUUUUCCUGUACGUUAAGGAGAACUAUGACACUCAAUUGGCAUUCCAAUUUUUGGGCAAUGUAAACAAGUUAUGGAAUAGUGGGGAUGAUUUUGGUGAAGAAAACCUUGAAGCACAUCAUGUUGAAGGGGCAUUUGUGGACUCUCUCUUAUCAAAGGCAAAAUCUCCUCCUCAUGAUACAUUAUUAAAGCUUGAAAAGGAACUAACCUACAAAGAAGAGGCUGAUGGCAGCUCUCUUUUUGUCUUUAAACUCGGGUUAUCUAGAUUGGAAUGCUGCUUAUUGAUGAAUGGUCUUGUAUAUGAAGCAAAUCAGGAGGCUUCUAUUAAUGCUAUGAAUGAAGAACUGCCCAGAAUUCAAGAGCAAGUUUAUUACGGCCAUAUUAACUCAAAAACAGACGUGUUAGAAAAAUUUCUUUCUGAGAAUGGUUAUCGCCGCUAUAACCCUCAGAUCCUCAGCGAAGCUAAGGGACACAAAAAGUUUAGCUCACUGAUAUCAUCGUAUGUUGGGACGGAAAGUAUUCUUCAAGAUGUCCAUUACUUACACUCUUAUGCAUCUGCAGAUGAUUUGAAGCCGGUUACACAUCUUCUAGCGAUUGAUAUUACAUCAAGGGCAGGAAUGAAGUUGCUGCAUGAAGGAAUAAAUUACUUGAUAGGAGGAUCUAAAAGGGCCCGUGUUGCUAUGCUACUUUAUAGCACUGCCGGAGCUUCAUCAACUGCUUCACAUUUUGUGAAGGCCUUUGACACAGCGGUAUCCGUGUUCAGCGACAAGGAGCGAGUCUUAGACUUUUUGGAAGAACUCUGCUCAUUCUAUGAAGAUCAAUUCAUGACUGCGUCUCUGUUGGAUUAUGACAAUUUCAGCAUAUUUACUGAUAGAGUUUGUGAACUAGCUGCAAAAUUUGGCUUGCCAUCUGAUUAUUACAAUUCAACGUUUUCAAGCUUCUCAGUGGAUGUAAUUAACAAACAGAUGGAGAAGGUCUCAGGUUUUUUGCAUGGGCAACUUGGUCUUGAAUAUGGUUCCAAUGCUGUAAUUACAAAUGGAAGAAUAUUUAUCCUCAAAGAUGGGAGCCCCUUUCUAAGUGAUGAUUUGAGUCUUUUGGAGUCUGUGGAAUAUGAACUAAGAAUUAAAUACAUCUAUGAAAUUAUUGAUCAAGUGGAAUGGGUAGAUGUUGAUCCUGAUGACCUGACAAGUAAAUUUUACAGUGAUCUUAUCAUGUUAGUUUCCUCUUUGCUGUCUACACGUGAACGGAGUUCUGAUAGGGCCCAUUUUGAAAUUUUGAAUGCAAAACAUAGUGCUGUCAAUCUGAAUACUGGAAACUCCAGCAUACAUAUUGAUGCUGUAAUUGAUCCUCUAAGUCCUUCAGGACAAAAGCUUUCUCCACUUCUUCGUAUACUAUGGAAGUGCAUUCGACCAAGCAUGAGAAUAGUACUAAAUCCAGUUAGUUCUCUUGCAGAUCUCCCUUUGAAAAACUACUAUCGAUUUGUGGUCCCUUCAUUGGAUGAUUUCAGCAAUGUUGAUUAUUCAGUAAAUGGCCCCAAGGCAUUCUUUUCAAAUAUGCCACUGUCGAAGACUCUCACUAUGAAUCUUGACGUCCCUGAGCCGUGGCUCGUUGAGCCAGUUGUUGCCAUCCAUGACUUAGACAAUAUUCUUCUGGAGAACUUGGGCGAUUUGAGGACAUUGCAGGCUGUGUUUGAACUUGAAGCUCUUCUUUUGACAGGGCAUUGUGCUGAGAAGGACCAUGAUCCACCUCGUGGGCUUCAGUUGAUUCUUGGUACCCAGAGAGGGCCUCACUUAGUAGAUACACUUGUUAUGGCCAAUUUAGGGUACUGGCAAAUGAAAGUUUCCCCUGGGGUAUGGUAUCUACAGCUUGCUCCUGGUCGAAGUGCAGACCUCUAUGCACUCAAAGAAAGUGGAGAUGGAAGUCCAGGAAAUCGAUCUGCAAAACUCAUUACCAUAAAUGAUUUAAGGGGUAAACUUGUACACUUGGAAGUAGCUAAGAAGAGGGGGAAGGAACAUGAGGAACUUUUGAAUGCUUCUGAUGAUCAACUGCUGGAAAAGAGAAAAGAAGGUCAAAAUAGUUGGAAUACAAAUAUAUUAAAAUGGGCAUCAGAAAUGAUUGGCAGCGGUGGGUUGUCAAGGAAGGGAGAGACUAGACUUGAUCACAAGAAGGCUGGAAGGCAAGGAGAGACAAUAAAUAUAUUUUCAAUUGCUUCUGGACAUCUGUACGAGCGCUUCCUCAAGAUCAUGAUUCUGAGUGUUCUUAAGAACACUCAAAGGCCAGUAAAAUUUUGGUUUAUUAAAAACUAUCUUUCUCCUCAGUUUAAAGAUGUCAUACCUCACAUGGCUCAAGAGUAUGGUUUCCAAUAUGAGCUCAUUACAUACAAGUGGCCAACAUGGCUUCAUAAACAGAAAGAGAAGCAACGGAUAAUCUGGGCUUACAAAAUUUUAUUUCUUGAUGUUAUUUUUCCACUUUCACUUAGAAAGGUAAUUUUUGUAGAUGCAGAUCAAAUUGUAAGGGCAGAUAUGGGAGAUCUCUAUGACAUGGAUCUAAAAGGACGAGCUCUUGCAUAUACACCGUUUUGUGACAAUAACAAGGAGAUGGAUGGAUAUCGCUUUUGGAGACAAGGUUUCUGGAAGGACCAUUUACAGGGAAAGCCUUAUCACAUUAGUGCUUUAUAUGUUGUUGAUUUGAUGAAAUUCCGCCAAACUGCUGCUGGAGAUACCCUAAGAGUAUACUAUGAAACUCUUAGCAAAGAUCCUAACAGUCUUUCUAAUCUUGAUCAGGAUCUUCCAAACUAUGCUCAGCACACAGUGCCCAUAUUCUCUCUUCCCCAAGAAUGGCUAUGGUGUGAAUCUUGGUGCGGGAAUGCAACAAAGGCAAAGGCAAAGACAAUUGAUCUCUGUAACAAUCCAAUGACAAAGGAGCCAAAGCUACAGGGUGCUAGGAGAAUAGUUCCUGAGUGGGUUGAUUUAGAUGCGGAGGCACGACAAUUAACUGCAAGAAUUUUAGGUGAAGAGGUUGACUCCAAUGAACCAGUUACUUCAACAUCGCUGCCGCCCGAUGGUCCGCAGAACAAUCAUGAAAAAGAUGAGCUAUGAUUGGAUGAGACUUCCUUUUUCCACAAUAACUUCUCGAGACACAAAUUCCAUAUCUAAGCACAGACGUGAUCGGAACCAAAUGGCAUCUGAACUAGUGGAUUUUGAGAGUGAGAGACCCCUAGAGUUCUAGUAUACAUGCAUCACACAUGUAGAUGCUGAUUUAUUUACCAAUCCUUAAUUAUAUUUAACUGAUGUUUAAUUUGCAUAAGGAAAUUGUUCAUUAGCCAUUGUAAAAUUUUGACAUUGAAACUCUUACCCUUAAGUUGAGGGUCUGUGUAUCGGUAUUGAUAGGAAAUACUAGUUUCUUUUCAUUUUCUCCGA